AUGAACUUCGGUGAUAUCAACAUCCAGGGCUGUACCAAUUGCCCGCUCGGCACUGCCAUAGGUACGACGGGUUCUACUGCCUGCCAACUCUGCGGGGUGGGCGCUUACGCCGAUCAGCGGGGUACGACUUCCUGUUCUUCCUGUCCGCAGUACUUCACGACGUCUGGGAUGGGCAGUAUCUCUUAUGACAACUGCACUUGCAUUCCUACUUUCUAUCGGCAGAAUUCUAGCACUUGUUCUUGCAAUGUCGGUAAGACGUUCAACGGACUGGAUACUUGUGUCUCCUGUAACAUCGGGUACUACAAAGAUCAGGUUAGUCUAGCAGCCUGCACGCAGUGUCCCCAGUACUUCACUACGGCUUCGACUGGCAGCACUUCUUAUGCGGAUUGUAACUGUAUUCCUACUUUCUAUAGGAAGGAUGCAACCACCUACAAGCCCACUGUCAGCAAUGACGCCUGCACAAACUGCCCGCUUGGUUACUUCCAAGCACAGACAGGCAGCACGAAUUGCAACGCCUGCGGUAUUGGUUCCUACGCUAACACGCCUGCAUCUUCAUCCUGCACGGCCUGUCCGGCGUUUGCCACCACAAAUCUGCAGGCUAGUGUCACGAUCGACGACUGCCCGGAAGGAAUGCGACCUUCGGUAUAUCAGAACUGUACGGACUGUCCCGCCGGCACAUACCGUAAGGACAGCGUCAGUCUUUCCGAUUGCCAGGCCUGCCCUGCCAACAGCUAUUCCAGCCCCGGGGCUACAAUCUGCACGUCAUGCCCAGCACAGAGCUACAACACGGGCUCUGGCACGAACGUUUGCAGCUUCUUCACUCCUUGCCCGGUAUCUACUUACAAACCCACACUGAGCAAUGAUGCCUGUGUCAACUGCCCGCUGGGGAUGUUUGGAAACACGACGGCGAUGACUUCCUGCAUCUCCUGCAACACCUAUUCCACCAGCCAGACGGGGGCUUCCGAUAUCUAUGAGUGUGUAUGUGACGCGACCUUCGUCCGGAAAGACUAUUCAACCUGCUCCUGCGGUCUAGGCUAUGCCUUUGAUGGGGCGCACACCUGCGUCUCCUGCAACGUCGGAUACUACAAGGACCAGGUCAGCCUUUCCAGCUGCUCACCCUGCCCCUCGUCGAGAGGGUGA